AUUGUAAAUAUCUUCUUCUCAAAAACGUAAAACACUCAAUUUCUGUUACCGGGAAGGAAGAGGAUAACGUUGGUUUGUGGUGACAACAGCCGUCGCGAAGAAUUAACCAAAACGACGACACAUCUCACUGUAACCGCCUCACUCCAUCUCAUCUCAUCUCAUCACUGAGAAAUGCGAAUCACUUUCUCUUCUCAAUGGCUCUAAAACUCCCAAUCACUUUCCCCAUCUUCUCCUCACCCACUGACCCGAACCCGAACCCGCUUCCAUCCACCAAACUCCACUCCUCCCGCUCCAACACCGCCAACAACCACUCCCAGGAACCCAACUCCACCGGCAAACACAUCAAGAACAACAACAAGCAAUCAAAGCCCAAAGUGAACCCACAAUCACACCCAGCGCUAAAGUUCUCCAACAUCCCCAAACAGAAACUAACAUCAGUCAACAAAGCUCCCGACAAUGUGAAAAUCAGCGACGACGGACUCUCUUACGUAAUUGAAGGCGCUCCGUUCGAAUUCAAGUACAGUUACACUGAAACCCCCAAAGCGAAGCCGUUGAAAAUGCGUGAACCGGCUUUUGUUCCGUUUGGACCGGUUACUAUGCCGAGACCUUGGACCGGUCGGCCUCCACUUCCUCCGAGUAAGAAGAAGUUGAAGGAGUUUGAUUCCUUUGUGCUUCCGCCGCCGCAUAAGAAGGGAGUUAAACCGGUUCAGUCUCCCGGUCCGUAUUUGCCGGGGACUAGUCCUAGGUAUGUUCGAUCUAGAGAUGAGAUAUUGGGCGAACCGUUGACGAAAGAGGAGAUUAAACAGUUGGUUCAAAGCUCUUUGAAAUCCAGUCGCCAACUCAAUUUGGGUAGAGAUGGUUUCAUACAUAACAUGUUGGAUAAUAUACAUGCUCAUUGGAAGCGUAGAAGGGUGUGUAAGAUCAAGUGUAUAGGAGUGUGUACGGUGGAUAUGGAUAAUGUGUGCCAGCAGUUGGAGGAAAAGACAGGAGGGAAAGUCAUUCACAGAAGGGGCGGUGUUCUUUACCUAUUUCGAGGAAGAAAUUACAAUUACAAAACACGUCCACGUUUUCCUCUCAUGUUGUGGAAACCAGUGCCUCCAGUAUACCCGAGGCUGAUUCAGCAAGUUCCAGAAGGUCUAACACUAGAAGAAGCAACUGAAAUGCGUCAAAAGGGAAGGACAUUGGUUCCCAUAUGCAAGCUAGGAAAAAAUGGUGUUUAUUUUAACCUAGUAAACAAUGUUAGAGAGGCAUUUGAAGAGUGUGAACUAGUACGUAUAAAUUGCCAAGGACUAAAUAAAAGUGACUAUCGAAAGAUUGGAGCAAAACUAAGGGAUCUUGUUCCGUGCACGUUGAUUUCAUAUGAAAAUGAGCAUAUACUUAUGUGGAGAGGAAGAAAUUGGAAGUCCUCUUUACCAGAUCUCGGAGAUGACCAGAAGGAAGCCAAUAAAAUUGAUGUUGAAAAUGAAAAUUACAAUACACAGGAGUCAGAAGCCCUUGGUGUCUCGGCACCAAUUCUACAGAAUAAUAACACAGAACAUGCAAGCAAUUUAUCACAUGACACUAGUUGUGAUGCUGAAACCACAAAUGUUGCCACAAAUUCCAAUGGUGAACCAAAUCCUUAUAGGAGCAUCAGCUCAGUUACAACCAUAUCACACGAUGGUAGCCACAUCGAAUGCCCCUCAAAAGCUAUGAAUGAUAGACAUGGAACUGUGGAUAUAAUGGACGACAAAAGCGUCACUGACAGUCUUUCUACUUCAAUUUCAAGAUCAGGUGCAAUGCUAGGUGAUUCUGGAACAACUGAUGUCAGUCUGUUACCAAGGUCAGCUGCCCCUUGUAUGAAAGGAAUUUCGUUACUAUUGGAGCAAGCUAUUGAGCUAGGCAGUGCACUUGUUUUAGAUAAAGAUUUAUUGGAUGCAGACAAUAUUUAUCGAACCACUGUUUCCUUUGCCAAAUCAGCUCCACCUGGACCUGUUUUUAUGAAACAUAGAAAGGAUGCUGCUGUGGUUCAAAAAAGUGACAAGCAAGAAGCACCGGCGAUGGAGACAAGAGAAACUACCACUAUUACCAUGAAAGGUAAAAGGGAGAAAAGUCCUAGAAUUCGAAGAAAAGAAAAUUUUGAGGGAUUUAUGAAUCUUGUUCCACACGGAACAUUAGGAGUUGAUGAACUUGCUAAACUACUAACAUGAUACUGGCUGGAAUUGUGAUGCAUUUUUUUGCCAACUGAAUCUUACUAAGUGCAUAUGUAAACAGUAAAGUGUUACUACUUUUUAUCAAAUGUUAUUUAGUGAAUCUUAGUCAUUUUUUA